UUAAACAAUAAGUAAAUAAAGACAAUAUACUUUGACAAAAUGUAUAAACUUGUAAUGAUCUCGUGUGUAUUGGUGAUGGUGGCGGGUUGGCCGCAAAUGUUUGCCACCAACACCUUCAAAGUUGGGAUUGAAUACCAGAAUUCCCUACCUAUGGGCGGAGGCUCCGAGAGGUAUCGGCACAGGAACAACCUCGACCCUUUCUACGUCACAGUCACGGCCAGUGCAAAAAAUGGCUACGUGAUCACCUACCUGGAAGUGGAAACAACCACCGACAUUACCGGCGAAGUAGAGUUUGACCUGGUGCAAGGUCAGACCGGCUCCAAGACGAUGGUCUUCCAGCUGAUCUCCAACCAGACUGACUUCCUGAAGUACAAUUACCUGGUGUACGGGAUACGGGAAGAGGAGUAUAAAAAGUUGCACAAUAUCAUCACUAUUCAAAUGAGAAACUCCAGUGCACAAUUGCUGUUUCACAACUGUUUUAUGAUUAUCGUACUUAUAACUAUCAAAAUAAGGUCAUCAUAUGACUCAAAUUUAGCAGCAGGAAGAUUUUUUACCAGGCCUAUGCCCGAGAACGUAUCUCAUCCGAUUAUUGUAUCUUGGAAAUGUGUUUAUAAUACUCAGUACAGAAAACUCCGUCAGCGUGAUUCAGAAUCGUGGGGCGACAUCUAG